AUACCAGAAACACUUUCAGCUUUAAGCUUGAGGAUUUCUAUCAAGGAUCCAAAAUCUAAAAUGUCUGUAAAGACUGAUGAAGAGGGUUCUUGCAUUUUUUGCGGCAAAUAUGAUUCCACUCUGGAGAUACACAUUCAAACCCAGAGUCAUAACAGAACUGCUAAGAGACUGUUUUGCCACUUUUGUAAUCUUCAGUUCUUCUCCGAUUCUGAGCGCAGGCAACACAGGGAGUUAGAAGAUCACGAUAAAAAAUCUAUGCAAAGGUGCAAUCAUCCUCUAUUUAAUCCCAGACCUGAGAACCCCCAAGAAGAACUAGAUCAAGCACUAAAGAAUUUAGUUUACUAUCUUUACUAUUCCAAUGCAUAUCCUUACUAUAUUAAUUUGGAAUAUAUAGAAUAUUAUAGUGAAAAAAUCAAAUCCAAUAAAGACUUCCAGUUUUCAAUGAAAGACGUAUACAUUGCGAGUCCCUUAGAGUCGAUUCUCAGACAAGACCAAAUGAUCUUGUUAAACCGCGAUGAGGAAGCCAAUUCCACUAGGAUUCAAGUUUUGAAGAAACUGGAAGGUUUAUUAAAUGCAAUUAUUGUAAUUUCGGAGAACAUUGUUAAGGAUAAUUUGCACCUCUUAACCAAAUUUGUACAGAAUUGGAUUAUAGACUUUUACGACAAAUUUGGCAGACGUAAUAACCUUGAUUAAUACUAUUCAAAAACUAUUAACAUAAUUAUUCAAUAUUUUUGUUUCGCUCGUUUGCUCAUAUUUUUUUCUAAUUUUAUUUUUGACUUAUUAUUUGUUUAGUUAAACCGUAAGUUUGUAAUGCUUCAUUUCAUUAUUUUAGUUUGAUAUUCUGAUUUUCGACUUGAUCUAUUAUACUGGUU